AUGGAUAACUCUUUAAGAAUUGCUCCUCCUUUCUUUAUCUUACUUUUUUAUAACUCUUUUAUAAUUUUUAAAAUAGCAAACGAGGUUUGCCUCUUGCACUUAUCUUAUUUUCCAUUUGAUGCUCUGAAUUUUAAUAAUUUGAGCGGUAUAUAUAGUCCACUCUACCUUGAACUUCUAGAUUAGUUGCAAUUCUAUAAAUUUAUAUCCUUGAGAGAGGUAACCAAGAAUAAUAACAUAUAUAUUAAUGAUUAUUAAAAAGAUAAAAUUAUUAAAUACAUUUAUGAUCCAAUAAUAACAGAAUGUAAUAAAUAAAAUAUAUAAAAUACUUUAAAAUUACUAUUAAAUAUUUUAAAAUAAUUUAAGUUUAAUAAAGAACAAUAAACUAUUGAAUUAGAUUAAAAUAUAAUUUAAAAAAUAGAUACAAGAAUGAUUAAAAAAGGAACAGUUAAUGAAUAUUGGAAAGAACUCAUUUAAAAUAUAAAAGGUGAAAGCUCAUUUAUUAUAGAAAAUGUUAUAAUUUCAAAGAUAAAACAUUUAAUAUUUUUUUUUGAAUAUAAAAGAUCUUCUUCGAUCAAUGAUGAUAAAGAAAUGGAAGUAGUGAAGUAAUUGAAAUCAUUUUAAGAUAAAUAUAAAAAAAUAUUUGAGAAAAAAGCAUAAAAUAUAAUUUAAUAAUAAUUUGAAAAUACUUUAAAUAAAUAAAUGGAAAAUUAUAAAUUUGAUAUUGAUGAAGAAGAAAAAACAAACAUAUUAAACAGUUUAUUAAACAGAAUUUUAAAUAUGAAGUUGAAUAAAUACUUUUAGAAUUCUCCACAUUAUUUAUUAAAAAUAGAUUCAAAUCAAAUUCUAUAAUAUUAAUUAAAUUUAAUUACUAAAUUAUCAUAACCUAUAAUUAUAGAAGAAGUCGAACUAUUAAUUGAUUUUAAAUACCAAAUGAUAAUUGAUGAAUUAAUUUGA